UAGCCUAUGAAAUAUACGUGUCAAUUUCUAAAAAUUCGUCACGACUAGAUCGUUGCACUGCAAUGGGUGACGAAGUGUGGAACUGCUGCAAGCUCAUCCAUGCUCUGACUGAAGCAAAGCAGAACUAUAGAUUAAUCUUGCAUCAUCAGUAUUAUUUAGCUGAAGAACACCAUUCUAAUGGAAGCAAGAUCGUCAACUCCAAAAGCCCUCAAGAAAGAAAACUGAUAGCGGGAUAGUUGCAAGAAUAAAGAAGUCCCGCUAACCCAUCCAGUGGGUCGGUUCGAUCCACCGCCCCGACCCUCCGAGCGCGGCUCCACCUUUCCUCCCCUCCCAUCUCCAUCUCCUUCAUCCCCUCCACCUCACUCACCACCACUCUUCCACCACAACCCACCCUCUCUCCCACCCUCACAGACCACCAGAAAUGCAACAAUGACCACCCCCACCAUCACCACAACAACAAUGCUCAACAUCCCCACCCUCUUCACCUCCCUCACCCGCCACCCCUGGACCCUCCUCCGAGUCCUCAAAAGCGCCAACCCGCAUGACAUCCAAGGACCCCUCCACGGCACCGCAUCUUUUACUCUUCUCCCUUCCACCACACCCUCCUCCUCCAGCCCCUCCUCCACCCAACAACCACCCCCCUCAACCGACCCAAACAACAACAACGAGCACUGGAACCAAAUCCUCUACACCGAAACCGGCACACUCCCCACAACCCUAGGCCAAAACCUGCAAUGGAAGAAGUCGUACAUUUGGCGGUUAACUAUCCCCGGGAAUGAACUGAGCGUGUGGUUUGUCAAGGUUGCGGAGCCGGAGGUAGCGGAUUAUUUGUUUCAUGGGAUGGAGUUUAUACAGAGUGCACAUUCAUCAUCGUCGUCAUUGGGGGGGUUGGGGAUUGGGGAUGCGGAUACGGGUACGGGUACGGGGGAGGAGUUUGUGAGUGCGCCGGUGCCACCGCCAGCAGGAAAGGGAGAGGAGGAGGGGGAGGGCACGGUGGUGGUGACGGCGAAGGGGAAUCAUUUGUGUAUUAAUGAUAUGUAUCGCACGGCGUAUGCGUUUCGGGUUCGGGAGGGAGAUGGGGAGGUGGUGAGUUGGGCGAGUCGGCAUGUGGUGAAGGGGCCGAAGAAGGAUCAGGAUAUUGUGAAUUAUUAUUCGGUGUAGGGUGUAUAUGUGGGAAUAGAUUGGGUUAGAUAUCUAGGAGGGUGGGGAUUGGGAUUGGGAUUAGGGUUUCUGGUGGGAUAGGGUUGAAGA